GCAGAUCUGUAGGAGGUCCGCUCCAUGUCACACACAUACACGCACACACACACACACACACACACACACACACACACGCUCACACACAUGCCCACACGUACUCACACACCCUCGCCAGUACGGACCAUGGCUGCACGGAACACCGUCUCUCUGCUCGUCGGACUCCUGGUCCUCUUUCCCACCUGGGGAGUGAUGGCUAAAGUCGAGAUGAACAUGGAGGGCAGAGUGGAGGUGUUGAAGGGAGAGGCGGCUCCGAUCACCUGCAUGUUCACGUUAUCCGAAGGCGUUGGCGACGUGAUCAUAGAGUGGUUUUACGUGACAAAGAGGGGCUGGCAGAGCAUCGUCAAACAGGAGCCAGGCAAAAUGGUGGUAGCAAAAGGCACACAAUUCACAGACCGGGUCAGUGUGAACGGUACCGGAGCCACCGGAGUAAACGUGAUGACUAUCAACGAUGUGCAGCCGGACGACGAGGUGGAGUUUAUCUGUUCCAUCACAGAUCUUGUAGAAGGGAGUGCAAACGGAAGCACAAAGCUGAAGGUGUUCGCGGAGCCCGACUAUCCCACCAUCGAGGGUGUGACGACGGGCUUCUCAAUUAAUGAAGACAGCCUAUCCAAGAUCGGAGCCUGCGAGGUCAAAAAUGGCUUCCCCAAGCCAAACAUCAAUUGGUACAGAAACAAUGCACCGAUGCACCCUGCUCCGGAUGUGUUGAAGGUGGUGCCCAGUUCCACUUUGGAUACCAAUGGUCUGUUCCAUGUCAGGAGUGAACUGUACAUGAAGGUGGUGAAGGAGGACAAAGACGCUAAGUUCUACUGCGAGAUCAAGUACUUUGUCCCUGGAGGAUUAGAGAUGACCGAGACCAGCUCUAUUAACAUUACUGUAUACUACCCCGCUACAGAGGUAAAUAUUUGGGUGGAGUCACCAAAGGGCAUCAUCAGAGAAGGGGACUCCGUCGAGCUCCAGUGUCGUGACAACGGGAAUAAGCCGUCCUCCAUCUUAACAUUCUAUCACAAAGAGGAGGAAUACACUUCAGAAAACAACGCGUUGGUCUUGCAUAAUGUCACCCGUCUAAACAGUGGAUUUUACAAAUGCAUCUCUAUGGACACGGACACCUACGAUAAUAUCUCUUCAAAAGAUGCCAUUGUGUUCGUCAACUAUCUGGACGCCGCCGUCGUGGUGCCUGAAGGCGAUGUUGUGCUGAACAAAGGAGGGGAGCUGACGGCCACCUGCAACGCCCUCUCUUCUGUCUCCACACAAACAGUCUGGAUGAAGUUCGGAGAGGUGGUUUCAAGCAACCACAGUCUGAUCCUUGAGAAUGUUACAUAUGACUCAGCGGGGACAUACCUGUGUUCGGUGACUGUGGAUAUUGAGGGAAUGCAGACCACCAGGACACUUGAGGUCAAAGUCCAAGGCCCACCACAGAUCAUGAAGCCAGACCACACGGAGAUGGAGGAGAGCGCUGAGACGACCGUGAAUCUGAGCUGUAAUGUUCGAGGUUUCCCUAUUCCCACGGUUAUCUGGACCACCGCCGAUGGAAAGAUCCUCAAAGGAAGGUCUGACAUAAAGGGUGAGGGUGAAGUCCUGAGUGUGGUCAGCAUCCAAGUCACCUCUGACAUCACGGCGUUCUGCAAUGCCUCCAACACCUUCGGCACGGACUCGUUGGCCUUCAACAUUAAAGCCAUCGUACACACCACCACACCAGCCACCACUACUACGACUACCCCUGCCAAAGAAAACAUCCCAGCAAAGAAAAUCAAGAAAGAGGGCACCGGCGUCGUCAUUGCGGUCGUCAUCAUCUGCAUCCUGCUGCUGGCCGUCCUGGGGAGCGUGCUGUACUUCCUCUACAAAAAGGGAAAGAUCUGUGGGCGGUCCGGUAAGCAGGACCUCACUAAAGAGAAGUCGGGCAAAGAUAACAUCGUGGUGGAGAUGAAGAACGACAACACUGAGGAAGCUGUGCUCCUCGGGGUCAACGGGGAGAAGCAACCGCCCCGCAACCAGUGAAGGGCGCCGCCUGCCUGGAUGCACAGAAUGGAGGAGGCUGCUCCCGUACCUCCCUCUCAGGCUCAGCUUGUCCACCAGUUAUUACCCGUCUGAGUCCCAGUGCUUCUGUGCUGCAGCUUUUGCUUCCUGCCUGUUACAUCCAGCAAAGCGUUCUGUUGGAAUGAGCUUUAAAGAGAUUUGUGCCCGAUUACCAAAAGCCUUGCGUACUGCUGACUGUCUGUAGAAAUCAUUUGAGCACAUUGACCAGGGACUGUUUUUAUACCCGACUACACACCACCUCAGGCCGAGGAAUCACUGAAGAGCCGCCUGAAACAGCUCUUUAUUAAGUGUACAUAUCAUAAUCUAUGUAUAUAUUUCUUUAUUUAAAAUAACAGUAUAGAAGACACAACCAAAAAUAAACAACCAGACAGUGUUUUUUUUAGUUUUGGUGCUCUUUUUGGAGAGCAAGAAGUGCUUGAGUAGACGUCUUUACUUGUAAUGUCUCUAUGCUUCCUGUUUAAGCCGCACACUGAAGCCCCCACCAAAGGUCCUUUUAACUCUAAAAAACAACGUUUUAGGUCAUUUAAUCACGCAGCAUCCAUAUUUAUAGUUGUUCUUCUCUGCAGUCUUUAUUGCACAAGAUAUUUGAGCAAGAAUGGUGACUAUGUUUAGCAUUUCACAUAGACGGGUUAACAUUAUUUGUGGGUUGCUUUCCUUCACAGUCUAGUUUUGAUAUGUGUGUUUGAGUGGAAGUGUUGCAGACAGCCAUAUUAAAGUUGCAGGUGCCUUAGAAACUAAAUCAAAGCCUGUAGAAAUAUGUUUUUAUUUAAUGUUCAGUGCACUGAUUUAGUUAUUCUUCAUGCUGUUGUGUUUCUUUAGUGUGAAACAGUGGUUUGACUGUAUGUGAAUACAAAUGAUUUCAGUAGUUAUUUUAAUUAUUUUUGUAAGAGGAAGGAUAUAAUAAAAUGAUCAUUUGUCAGUGUUAAAUAUGGUUCACUGCAUUAAGUUACCUUCCUGAAAAAGAAAAAUUGUAUUCUGUACAUUUUACUUUUAAGAUUCAGUUAAAACCUUAUCAGUUGGAUCGCAGAGACAAUCUCCCUUAGUGACUACUGAAGAGGGGGAAUGACCGUGACUUUGCAUAUGCAGAUUAAGUUAGUAGACAAUCAGCAGUAAAUGUGCAUCACUGUUCAGUAGUGUGCAGGUAGCCUCCACUCAGCCUCCCAACGCCGUUCGUCUGUUUUGUUCUGCUGCUUUUACAAACUACCACUGCUACAUGGUUUUGGAAGUGUGUGAAGUCUGAAAAAAAGGCCUUGGAGUUGUGAAAUGUAAAAUUAAUGUCAUUCAAACCCUUUCUUCAACCAAUUGUUUUCAUUAUUUGUAGUUUUUGAAAAUUAUACCAAAUAAAGAUUUGACUGUUAAAUGAAAAGAACAGUGUUACGUUUGUGAAC